GUUAAUCAUUUCCGGGAUUUUUUUUUCUUCUGAAUAUUGCUCAUCAUCAUAAUAUUGAUCUAUUUGUCAAGAAAUUUUGCUGAAAAUGGCUGACAGGAAGGCCGAACUUGAGCGAAAAAAGCUCAAGUUGGAGCAGAUGAGGAAAGAACGAGAGGAAAAGAACCGGCAGAGGAAGCUUAAAGAGACUGGAGAAGAGAAAUCUGUGCAGAGUGGUGGUCAGGCACAAAAUUUACGGGCAGAGACUGAUGAAUUGUUGGCCAAUUUAGGGAUUCCCCCAGCAACAGGCACACCUGCCCAGCCGGUGGUACCAAGUGCUAGCAUAUCUCCGACCCCUACAGAGGGAGUCUCAGCAUCCCCUACUCAACUAACUAGUCGACAAAGAGCAAAAUUGUCACUGGUAAAAGUGGCCGAGACCAACAUCCCCCCACGAGAAAAUGUGACGUACAGCAAAGAAACACAGACCAUCGUCGUGGAAACCAUAGACAAGGAAGGGCAUAGAUAUGGAGUCCGCGGUCCCUGGGAUUAUUACGAUGAACACUCUGACGAUACAUGUAGUAUUUCCAGUCUAGUCAGGGGUGUGUCUUCUCGCUUUAGUUCGCCUCGUCAUAGCAAUUACUCCUCCCCUCAUCAUGGCUCCCCAAGAUUUGUGUACCAUGAUAUGGAAUGGGAGGACGAAUUUGAGUAUUAUGACGAAGAUGAGGACACAGACUCCAUUGAUGUCCAUCCUGUUUCUCCGCACCACAAGAUGCCCCACGUGGAGAUGGUCCACCCAACCAAGACCCAGGAGGACCUUCAAAAACAGGAAGAAAAGCCAAGUCAACCUCAAAAGAAAGUUCUCGAGCUGAGCGAGGAAGAGAAGAAACAGAUCCUGAUGAGUGAUGACUUCCAUACAUUCUUCAAUAAGACAACGCGCAUCGUGGAGAGAGCCCUGGACGAGGAUAUUGAUAUAUUUGUGGACUAUGCAGGAAGGGAGUCUGAAGACAUGGAAAGUGACUUGAGAGCUGGCGAGAGACUGAAACUGCAGAGAACCUUUUUUGAUGAAAGGUGGUCUAAACAUCGUGCUGUAACCAGUUUAGACUGGUCAAAACAGCACCCUGAGCUGUUGGUGGCAUCAUACAAUGCCAAUGAAGACUCCCCGAAUGAUCCGGAUGGAGUCACACUUAUCUGGAAUUCUAGGUUUAAAAAGACCACUCCUGAAUUCGUCUUCCAUUGCCAGUCCCCUGUCAUGUCCAGUUGUUUUGCCGAGUUCCACCCUAAUCUAGUGGUAGGAGGGACUUACUCUGGUCAAAUUGUGCUGUGGGACAACAGGGUGAACAAAAGAACCCCCAUACAGAGGACACCUCUCUCAGCCGCCGCCCAUACGCAUCCUGUGUAUUGUAUCAAUGUGGUGGGCACACAGAAUGCCCAUAACCUGAUCAGUGUGUCCACUGAUGGAAAAAUGUGUUCCUGGAGUCUGGACAUGCUGUCACAGCCACAGGAUAGUAUGGAGCUGCAGCACAAACAGAGUAAGGCUGUUGCCGUCACUUCCUUCUCGUUUCUGUCCGGAGACGUCAAUAACUUUGUGGUGGGCAGUGAAGAUUGUACAGUGUACACAGCCUGUAGACAUGGGGGUAAAACUGGUAUAAACGAGGCCUUUGAAGGACACAUGGGGCCCAUCACGGGGAUCGACUGUCACAGCGUGCCUGGACAGAUUGACUUUUCUCCUUACUUCCUCACCUCUAGUUUUGAUUGGACACUCAAGCUCUGGAGCAUUAAAGACCAAAAGUUCUUGCACUCCUUUGAGGAUAACAGCGAUUAUGUGUACGAUGUCCAGUGGUCACCUAUCCACCCCGCUUUGUUUGCCAGUGUUGAUGGUGAUGGACGCCUGGACCUAUGGAAUCUGAAUAAUGAAACAGAGGUUCCAACUGCAUCGGUUGUGACGGAGGGGGGAGUGGCCUUGAAUCACUGUCGUUGGCAUAGCAGCGGAAGCAACAUAGCUGUGGGGGAUGAUGUAGGCAGGAUUCACAUUUAUGAUGUGGCUGAGAACACAGCCAAUCCUAAGAUGGAUGAAUGGUCACGCUUUGUUAGAACUCUCCAGGAAUUGAAACAGCAGGCAGUGGAGCGUGAAGAGGAAUCCUCGCUAGGGUCAGUGUCCAUGACCUCUCCACUUCGAUGAACAUCCUUGCUUUCCGCUUGAGCGACAUUUUCUCCAAGACCAAAUGAUUUUGUUAUUGCUAAAAUUUGAUCAGUGGAAGUGCUACUUGUAAACACUGAGUGAGCAAUGAGUUGUCAUAUAUGAAGCCUAGAUUUAUAAGUACAGUCAAACCUUGUUAUCUCGAACUAGAUGAGGCCGAGAAAAAACUUUGAGAUAUCCAUGGGUUCGAGAUAUGGAGGUAUAAUACAUGUUCGAGAUACUGAAGUUCAACUGUGUAUUGAGAUUGUGCAAUAAGUUACCACAAAGUUUUAUUUACGCGAUGAUGUUAUUGAAGUAUGUUUUAUGUACUUGAAAACUUUCAGAGAAAUAAAAUUGAUAUAUCAGACAAGA